AUGGGAAUUAUCAACCAGAAUACUAAAGCUGAGACUAUUGCUGACUGGAUUAAUGAAAUAAGAGGAGCAAGAGCUAAUCCAGCUCCAUUUAAAGUUUUUGAUCUAGAACAAAGCUUUUUUCGUCAAUGGAAUAAAUAUUUAGCCCCAUAUUAUGUAGUAAAAUGCCCAUUUGCAAUACAGCCACUUCGGGAAAUCCAAGCAGAAUACGAACAUCCCAAAUAUAUGACAUAUCGUUCAAGCUAUAAUGGGGCCUUCGAGACUGCAAUAGUUCGUACUGCUUCCAUCAACCAAACGGAAAUGAUAGGACCUGAAAAAUUUUUUCUUCCAGAUAAAAAGUAUACAGAACCCAUAAAAAUCAGUUUGGAAAAAUGGGAAAACUUACAGCAACUAAAAACGUUUUGUGAAACUGAUGGUGCUUCAGAAUUUUAUGACGGCAAAACUUUAACGUACGAAGAUCUUAAAAUCAACUUGGAAAAAGAAAACAUAAUAAACAAACCUACAGAAAAACCUUCUCCAUCGACUACCCAAAAUAAAACUGCAGGCAGUGAAGAGGGUGAAGAAUCAUCAGAAUCGGAUAUAGAAACAGUUAAAGAAUCGGAUGCAGGAAAGAAAGACGUCAUAGAAGACAAAUUAAAGACUGAUAAAAACAAAAAACAACCGUCACCUCCCCAAAAGCAAAAUCAAGAAAAAAUCCUAAGAAAAACUAAUAACACACCAUUUUCUUUGUUAUUUUACAUCAGCGUUUUUAAGGAGCAUCCUCUGAUCCACCAUUUCUAUCGGGUGGAAUUCCAACAAAGAGGCAGUCCCCACUUGCACAUGAUGGUAUGGAAUUACGGCGCUCCAACGGUAGAGAAAAGGGCUGCCUGCGACUUUAUCGACAAGUUCGUGAUGUGCGACAGCGAGUUGCCAGGGCUUGAGGGCUUGAUUGCAAUGCAAAAACACAAUCACAGCAAGUCGUGCAAAAAUGCAGGUUUGACCAAGGAAACGUACAUGAGAAUGAUCGAACUAAGCCUCAGAAAGCCGGCUGUGAUGUUGAAACGUCGUCCCAAAGACUGUUUUGUUAACAACUUCAACAUGGACAUCUUGUGCUUGCAGCGUUCCAACAUGGACAUCCAGUUCAUACUGAAUCUGUGUGCAUGCGUUUCGCACAUCGUCUCCUUCAUGAAAAAAUCGCGUCUCCAAGGUCCUGGCAGCGACCAUAAAAGAAAUAAAGCGAAACAACAUUGA